UUUGUCUCUCCUGAUGACAAGAACUCAAACCAGUACAUCAUCAAGUUUAACUGGCUGGGUUUUGUCAGAGCAGUGAUUGACACUGAGCUGUACCCAGACCUGAAAAUCGCUUCUUUGGAGCAGGUGAUUGUACGUGCCCCACAAUACUUUAAAGACCUCUUCAAACUCCUCAACACCACAGAAACCAGGACAGUUGGCAAUUAUGUCUUAUGGAGAUCAGUUUUUUCCAGAAUCACCACAUUGAGCCGACGCUUUCUCUACAGAUACCUGGACUUUGCUCGGGUUACCACGGGGACCACCUCUCUGACCCCUCGCUGGGACAAGUGUGUGAAUUAUGUAGAAAACACACUCAUCUAUGCCACCGGUAGGCUCUUUGUCGAUAAGCAUUUCCAGGAGGACAAGAAACACAUGAUGGAAGAAUUGAUAAAUGGUAUCCGAUGGGCAUUUAUUGACAUGCUUGAGAAGGAGAAUGACUGGAUGGAUAAAGAAACAAAGAGAAAAUCAACAGAAAAGGCUCAUGCAGUCUUGGCGAAAGUGGGUUACCCAGACUUCAUCUUAAAUGACACCUAUAUUAACGAGGACAUCAAACGAUUGUCGUUCAGUGAGACGGACUACUUUGGGAAUGUCAUGCAGACCCUGAAGUUCAUAGCUCAGUCUGACAUCGGCUGGCUGAGGAAAACAGUCCCACGCACAGAGUGGUUCACCAACCCAACAACAGUAAAUGCAUUUUACAGCUCCUCUACCAACCAGAUCAGAUUCCCUGCGGGAGAACUUCAGAAGCCAUUUUUCUGGGGACUUGACUACCCUAGAUUCUUUAGCUAUGGAGCGAUUGGUGUAAUUGUGGGGCAUGAACUGACCCAUGGCUUUGAUGAAAAUGGCAGGAAAUACGACAAAGAUGGGAACCUGGACCAGUGGUGGAGCAACUCCUCAAUCACCCGCUUCACUGAAAAGACACAAUGCAUGAUUGACCAGUACAACAGUUACUACCGGAAAGAGGCGGGGCUAAAUGUCAAGGGGAAGAGGACUCUGGCAGAGAACAUUGAGGACAAUGGAGGGAUGAGAGAAUCUUUCAGGGCCUAUAGGAGAUGGAUUGAAAAAGAGAGAUCAGGAGUCGAGGAGCCUCUCCUACCUGGUGUGGGUCUGACCAACAACCAGCUGUUUUUCCUCAGUUAUGCUCAUGUUUGCUGUAAUGCCUACAGACCAGAAGCAGCACGUCAUCAGAUCCAGAGUGGAGCUCACAGCCCUCCUAAAUAUAGGGUUAUCGGGGCGAUGAGCAACUAUGAAGAGUUCCAUAAAGCUUUUAACUGCCCUGAGACGUCAAUCCUGAACAGGGGGACAAAGUCCUGUCGAGUGUGGUAAUGAAAAAGAGGACCCUGUGAAGAUUUCAAUCACAGCACAACCCAAAUCUCCCUAUUUUGUCUCGUUCACUGGUUUCUUAUAGUGAAACAGCGGUUACUAACACUGAAUUCUGGGGCCGUGCUGACGACUGAACACCUGGCCCUCCUUCAGCCACUGGAACACUGUAGAUAAAAUGUACAGUGCCUACAAACCUGAGAGUGCUUCAGUCAGAUCUGCAUUUUACUGUCUGACCUCAAUUAAAAUGUGCAAAUGCCAAACGGACCAUAAAAUUCCUUUGAGGCCUUUCUUUGGUUCAUCACUGUUUUUUUUACACAAACCAAUUAUGUUGCACUGUCGCUUUAAGAGUGCUAUAAAUUAUUAUUGUAAUUUUCGUUGUUGUUGAUAACAGUUAACAUUGUCUGUCAUUUUAUUUGAUUGAAAACACAAGUAAAUA